AUGCGGCGUGGCUCUGCUACCAGCAGUUUCUUUUUACUGUCGGUCAUCGGCAGGUGUCCUCACAAGAAAAAGAAACCCUUCAUAGAGAAGAAAAAAGCGGUAACUUUUCACUUGGUGCACAGAAGUCAGAGAGAUCCACUUGCUGCUGAUGAUACUGCACCCCAGAGAGUUCUACUGCCUACACAGAAAGGGCAUGAGGAGCAAAGGCGGGAAGAGCAGCGGAAGUAUGGAGUCUUCUUUGAUGAUGACUAUGACUAUUUGCAGCAUCUAAAAGAAGCAUCUGGUCCUUCUGAGCUUGUCCCCUCUGUGCGUGGACAGCAAAGCAGAAUUGUUGUCACGAAUGAUGGGCACAUAGAAGAUGAAAUUCAGCGAGUCCCAGCUCCCUCCAUUAAGUUGCCUUCCUCAGUGUUUGCCACCGAGUUUGAAGAGGAUGUGGGCUUGUUAAAUAAAGCUGCUCCUGUUUCAGGACCACGGCUAGAUUUCGACCCAGAUAUUGUUGCAGCUCUUGAUGAUGAUUUUGAUUUUGACAAUCCAGAAAAUAUCUUGGAAGAUGAUUUCGUUCUACAAGCAAAUGAACCACGGAAAGGGGGAUCAUGUGCUGAGGAUGAAGAUGAAUGGGAAGAUGUGGAGGAUGACAGUGAUGAAGAGGGUAGUUGCAGUAAUGAUAAAGACUACGAUUCAGAAAGUCCUUUAUCAGAUGAUGGAGUUAAUGGACAGACUAAAGAAUUUCUCUUUAUGCAAGAAGAAACCAGGAGUCGUUUCACAGAAUAUUCUAUGUCAUCUUCAGUAAUAAGAAGGAAUGAGCAGUUAACUCUCUUGGAUGACAGAUUUGAAAAGUUUUUUGAACAAUUUGAUGAAGAUGAAAUUGGAGCCUUGGACAACAUGGAGUUAGAAGGCUAUAUUAACACAGACAAUACUCGGUUGCAGGAAAUCUUGAAUGAUUACUACAAAGAGAAAGCAAAGAGUUGUGUGAAAUUGGAUGCUCUUGAACCCUGUGAUGGUUUAGACUCUGCUGUGAAUGAAGAAAGUGAGGAAGAAAAAGAAGAAAUAGUAGCUGUGGUUAUUGAGGAACCAAAAGAAAAGUGGGAUUGUGAGUCCAUUUUGAGUACGUAUUCAAACUUGUAUAAUCACCCAACUCUUAUUAAGGAGCCAUCAAAGCCCAAGCCAAUAAAAAUUUCCCAGAAGACUGGAAUUCCCUUACAUGUCUUGCCUCAGAAAGGUCUGACUGCUAAGCAGAUUGAACGCAUGCAAAUGAUUAAUGACAGUGACCUGCCAAGGGCAUCAACACAGCCCCGUUCCAAAGAUGAGAGCAAGGAGGAUCGCAAAGCUAGAAAACAAGCAAUAAAAGAGGAGCGAAAAGAACGCAGAAUGGAGAAGGCGGCCAACAAGCUAGCCUUCAAAUUGGAGAAAACAAGGCAAGAAAAGGAGUUGCUCAAUCUGAAACAAAAUGUUCAAGGACUGAAGUUGUCUUGAUGAAACUGAGGAACCUACUCUGGAGACAUCCCUAAGUUUGCAUUUGUAUUGAGAAGGGAGCUGAGAAUUCAGUUUUGGCAGUUAUGCACAAAGGGGUUUAUUCAGAUAUCGCUGUAACAAGAAUCAGAAACAUGUCAUUCUUUCUGAAAGGAAGUUCUACAUAACACGAUGUAUUGAUGAUGUCUGUUCUGUCAAAAGUGACAUGAAAACUAUUGCAAAGUGUAAUUGCAGCAAAAAUACGUUAAAGUUAUAGAAAAUAUUUUCCUUACAAGCUAUUACUGAACA